UUUAAGGUGAACGGCUUUUAAAAAGUUGUCGGGAUGUGUCGAUUUGGAAGUGCGGUGUAACUUUUCAAUAAAGAAAAAACAAACAAUUUGAUGUAAGGUAUACAUACGCAUUUACAUGUCAUACAAUUAAAUAUAAACAUUUGAAACUAUUCCUUUGAUUUCAAUUCUGUUAUAGAAAUCACAAACCAAACGUAUGUAGGAUUGACACAACGAUUUUCAAACGUUUAAUAAUAGGAACUAGGACAUCUGACCUGCGUGUCUCAGUCUAGAUAAGAACUUUCGUUGAGGCGGUUUGCGGUUUGCGCUUGGACCUACGGCUGCUAAGACUGGAUAAAGACAAUAGCAACCAGUCAAAAGAUGAGACCGUUUCUAUCUGUGCUCGUGUUAGCGGGAUGGCUACUUCCUGGAUCCAUUGGGGCCACCUUCUGCACCGUAGACGAUGACACGCCUGUGUUCAGCUCCCCAGAUCUCGGCUCCAGAGUUGUCACACUGGUCGAGAGGAACACGUGUUUCCAUGGUGACAUGGAUGGGGAAUGGCUAGUACUGCAGGAUACUCCAAUGUAUUACAUACAUGGCUACACAGUAAACGAGGAUACUAAAUCUAGCGCUGAUAUAAACGGGUAUCGAGAAUACGAUCCUUGGUAUAAACAAAGUGUUCGUUCAAGAUGCGUGGAUGUCGAAGGAAUAAACACCUGCGCUGGCGCACGAUCGAUUCCCAAUUAUAGACAAGAAAAACGAUUUCUACUGGGUGAUGCAACAUGGACAAAUUGGAUCGAAUGGUCUGAAUGUAACUCCUCAUGCAAUGUCGAGGGAACGCGGAAUCGUACACGACAGUGCUUUGUAUUGAACCCGAAUGUCCAAGCGAAUUGCAAUGGCGGUGACUCGAUACAAUUACAGACGUGCACAAAAUCCUGUUUGGGGUCGUGCUCGGAUGGCUUUUCGUGGACGUUAUGGCAUGACUGUAACAAAACUUGUGAUGGUAUAACAAUGAGGUUGGGAUACUGUUUGAAUGGCACUGCAAAUGUCACCACUACAGAGGAAAAAAAUUGUACUCGUGAAUUAUGCCCAGUGGAUGGAACGUGGUCUGAUUGGGGCAAAUGGGGUUCUUGUUCUACAACCAUGAAUCUGGCACAAGGAAUUCGUUUCAGAUACAAAGAGUGUUUACCUACCAAUCGACAUGGUGGAGCUGAGUGUCCGGGAAAACCGUAUGACACUGGCGUGUGCAUGGGAUCUGAUUGGGAAGAAUGGAGUUUAUGGACUAACUGUACGAGUACAGAUUGCUCGAAAGGUUCAACAGUAAGAAUGCGCGUGUGCAAAAUCCAAUCCUGUACUGGUGCUGAUUACGAAGCUAAAGAGUGCCAUAUCACAGAUUGUCCAAUAAAUGGCGGCUGGGGAGCCUGGGAGGUCUGGUCUAUCUGCGAAUGUAACGGAUUUCGUAGGCGAUAUCGCCAAUGUAACAGCCCGCCUCCCAAAAAUGGCGGACAUGAUUGUCAGGAUACGAAGCGAUACGAAGUGGAAAUGUGCAAUAACACAAUCAAUUGUCCAGUUAACGGUAGCUGGGGUGCUUGGGAAGGCUGGUCCGUCUGCUACUGUAGCGGAUUUCGUCCGCGAUAUCGCAAGUGUGAUAGUCCGCCUCCCAUGAAUGGCGGGCAGUAUUGCAACAACGGUACCGAUUUCGAAGUGGUUAUGUGCAACCAUACGAGCAAUACUAACUGUCCAGUUAAUGGAGCUUGGACUGACUGGCAAGCGUGGUCCACUUGCUCCGUAAGCUGCGGGAAUGGAACUCAUUAUCGAAACCGGAACUGUACUAACCCACCUCCAGCGAAUGGAGGACGGGAUUGUGGUACAGAUGAUAGCGUGAUUCAGAAUUGUAGUAGCUCGGUACCUUGUCCAGUUAACGGUAGCUGGGGUGCUUGGGAGGGCUGGUCUGUCUGCUACUGUAACGGAUUUCGUCCGCGAUAUCGCAAGUGUGAUAGUCCGCCGCCCUUGAAUGGCGGGCAGUAUUGCAACAACGGUAACGAUUUCGAAAUGGGUAUGUGCAACCGAACAAGCAACACUAACUGUCCAGUUAAUGGAAAUUGGGCUGACUGGUCAGCGUGGUCCACUUGCUCCGUAAGCUGCGAAAAUGGAACUCAAUCUCGAAACCGGAACUGCACUAACCCACCUCCAGCGUAUGGAGGACGGGCUUGUAGUACAGAUGAUAGCGAUAUUCAGAAUUGUAGUAGCUCGGUACCUUGUCCAGUUCCUGGUGGUUGGUCCACGUGGAGUGACUGGUCGAGCUGCUCUGCCACGUGUCAGGCGACGGGUUUUCAGUACCGUAACAGGUCAUGUGACAGUCCACCUUCUGGCAUCGGUGGACAAAACUGUACUGGCGAUGUUGGAGACAAAAUGAACUGCAAUGGUACAGGACCUUGUCCCGUCGAUGGCGGCUACUCUAACUGGCUGCAGUGGUCCGACUGCUCUGCCACGUGCGAAGGAGGAUUCAGAUCUCGUUCUCGUGAUUGUAACGAGCCACGCCCCCAGAAUGGGGGAAGCAAUUGCAGUGUCCUCGGAAAGAGCUCUGAGGCACAGACCUGCAAUAUACAACCGUGUCCUGUUGACGGGAACUGGGGAAUCUGGUCAAACUGGAGUAGAUGCGACGUGACCUGUGGUAACGGCACGAGGACCAGAAACAGACCGUGUGAGGGGAUUGCAUACGGUGGACAGAACUGCUCUGGCGAUGCGCUUCAAACUGAAACCUGCCGUGAAGUCGUCUGCCCAG